GGGACUCAUUUCAAAGUCCGUGCAUUGCCAUUUCUAAGAACUGCGGCAGUCGAAAGGGUAAAAAUGGCUUUUUGAUCAGAAUUUCUUUUUUUUCUGCUGUUUGUUCUCUCUUCCUUUACCACAAACGAUGAGUAAAAGAAAGAUUGAAGAAACUCAUAGCGAUGACGAUGACGACAUACAGUUAGAUGCCAAUCUACAACUGAAAUUACAUGUACCACGUAAUGCAAACCUUGAUAUCGCCAGUCUCAAUUCUACUCAUCCGGAUAUUAGUGGUGGCAAACCUGAUUUCAUUUCUCAUAUAUUUGGAAAAGAAGAUUAUACUUAUCUCUCAUUGAAACCUGAUCAUUUAUCAAGACCAUUAUGGAUCAGUCCUGAAGAUGGUCAUAUUAUUUUGGAAGGAUUCUCUCCUAUUGCAGAACAAGCACAAGAUUUCUUAGUUGCCAUAAGUGAACCUGUUAGUCGACCUGCUCAUAUUCAAGAAUAUAAACUGACACCAUACUCAUUAUACGCUGCAGUCUCUGUCGGGUUAGAAACUGAAGAUAUCAUUGAAGUAUUGAAUCGUUUAUCGAAGGUGCCUGUACCAGAUUCUAUUAUUCAAUUCAUUCGACAAUGUACAUUAUCUUAUGGGAAGGUUAAAUUGGUGUUGAAGCAUAAUCGAUACUAUGUGGAAUCAUCUCAUCCUGAUACUUUACAAAUGCUUUUGAAAGAUGCUGUGAUCAGUACUGGACGAGUGAUACGAGAUGAUACCGAUCAAAUUGUUAGUGGACCACCAAGUGUAAUGGCAGCAAUAAACAACAAUACCAAUACCACCAAUGGAUUUAUGAAUUCAUCAGCAGCUUUACUUGUCAACAACAAACCUACAGGCAAAGAUCUUAUUAUUCCUGGCAUCAAAAACAAAGAUGAAGCCAACAAGAAUGAAAACGGUGAUGACAAGGAACUCAGUGAAAAGGAAAAGGAAGCUGAAGCUCGUAGAAAAGAAGAUGAACUCUUAUUUGGUGCUGUGGUUCGAAUCGACAAAGAAGAUGAAGAAGACGAUGAUGAUAUUGAAGGUCAAAAGGUACAUUCUUUUGAAAUUGCUGCUGAUCAUGUGGAGACCGUCAAGAAGCGAUGUAAUGAUAUUGAUUACCCCAUGCUAGAAGAAUAUGACUUUAGAAAUGACACCAUCAAUGCCAAUUUGGAAAUCGACUUGAAGCCUACCACUGUCAUCCGACCUUAUCAAGAAAAGAGUUUAUCAAAAAUGUUUGGGAACGGACGUGCUCGAUCUGGUAUUAUUGUUUUGCCAUGUGGUGCUGGGAAAACCUUGGUUGGUAUCACUGCUGCAUGCACUAUCAAGAAAAGUUGUCUCGUUUUAUGUACUUCUUCGGUCUCUGUUAUGCAAUGGAAACAACAAUUUUUACAAUGGAGUAACAUUAAAGAAAAUCAGAUUGCUGUAUUUACAUCUGAUUGCAAGGAAAAGUUUUCUGGUGCUUCUGGUAUUGUGAUAUCUACUUACUCUAUGGUGGCCAAUAAACGUAAGAGAUCGUACGACGCUCAGAAAAUGAUGGACUUCCUGGAAUCUCGUGAAUGGGGUUUCUUAUUAUUAGAUGAAGUCCAUGUGGUACCUGCAAACAUGUUUCGAACUGUUGUCACAACUAUUGCUGCUCAUGCCAAAUUGGGUCUUACUGCUACUUUGGUACGUGAAGAUGAAAAGAUUGAUGAUUUGAACUUUUUGAUUGGUCCCAAACUUUACGAAGCAAAUUGGUUGGAUCUUGCAAACAAAGGUCAUAUUGCUAACGUACAGUGUGCAGAAGUAUGGUGCUCCAUGACUCCAGAAUUUUACAAGGAGUACCUUUAUGAAAACACUCGAAAACGGACACUUUUAUAUGUGAUGAAUCCCAAAAAGUUCCAAGCAUGCCAAUAUUUGAUUCAAUAUCAUGAAGGCCGUGGUGACAAGAUCAUUGUUUUUUCUGAUAAUGUCUAUGCUCUUGUGGAAUAUGCAAAGAAGUUGGGGAAACCUUAUAUUUAUGGUGGUACUGGUCAACAAGAACGAAUGCGUAUUCUCCAAAAUUUCCAGUACAAUCCUGCUGUCAAUACAAUCUUUUUAUCCAAGGUUGGUGAUACCAGCAUUGAUCUACCUGAAGCAACAUGUCUAAUUCAAAUCUCAUCACACUAUGGCUCUCGUCGACAAGAAGCGCAAAGACUUGGAAGAAUCUUACGUGCCAAAAGAAGAAAUGAUGAAGGUUUCAAUGCAUUCUUCUAUUCACUCGUUUCUCGCGAUACCCAAGAAAUGUAUUACUCGACAAAACGUCAACAGUUUUUGAUUGAUCAAGGUUAUGCGUUCAAAGUGAUCACCAAUUUGGAAGGAAUGGAGGAAGAACCUGAUCUAGUUUUCAAAACACAUCAAGAACAAAUGGAUCUUCUCAAAUCUGUAUUAUUGGCUAAUGAGACUGAUAUGAAAGAUGAAGAUUUGGAUAUUACUGAUGAUGUAGGCAUGAUUACAGAUAAACGUGUUGCAGCUAAGAACAAGAAUGGAUUGGUACGACGGCAAGUAACAACAACAAAAACAUUGGCUGGUGGUGACAAUAUGGCAUAUCUUGAAUAUUCACGUAAUUCUGGUGGACAAUUUACAAGCCAUGGUCGUGGUGGUGGUAAAACAGGGUCAGGUGAACAUCAUCCUUUUUUCAAGAAACAUUUUGGUCGGUAAAGUGUAUUUUCUGGUUUCUUCUCAAUGUGUCAUCCUUACAGUACAAUUGCAGUCGGUGAACUGUACAGUUACAUAUUUAUCAUCAUCUCUCUUUAUACAUAUAUUUAUU